AUGGCUGAGUGUGUCAGUGCUGGCUGUCGCUUCCCCUCCACUGAGAGCCGCCUAGCCCUCUCCUCCAGCGCCCUCUGCCCCAGCGCCCUCUCCUCCAGCGCCCUCUGCGCCAGCGCCCUCUGCCCCAGCGCCCUCUCCUCCAGCGCCCUCUGCCCCAGCGCCCUCUGCGCCAGCGCCCUCUCCUCCAGCGCCCUCUGCGCCAGCGCCCUCUGCGCCAGCGCCCUCUCCUCCAGCGCCCUCUGCGCCAGCGCCCUCUGCGCCAGCGCCCUCUCCUCCAGCGUCCUCUGCGCCAGCGCCCUCUGCGCCAGCGCCCUCUCCUCCAGCGCCCUCUGCCCCAGCGCCCUCUCCUCCAGCGCCCUCUGCCCCAGCGCCCUCUCCUCCAGCGCCCUCUGCCCCAGCGCCCUCUGCCCCAGCGCCCUCUCCUCCAGCGCCCUCUGCCCCAGCGCCCUCUGCGCCAGCGCCCUCUGCCCCAGCGCCCUCUCCUCCAGCGCCCUCUGCCCCAGCGCCCUCUGCCCCAGCGCCCUCUCCUCCAGCGCCCUCUGCCCCAGCGCCCUCUGCCCCAGCGCCCUCUGCGCCAGCGCCCUCUCCUCCAGCGCCCUCUGCCCCAGCGCCCUCUGCGCCAGCGCCCUCUGCGCCAGCGCCCUCUGCGCCAGCACCCUCUGCCCCAGCGCCCUCUGCUCCAGCGCCCUCUGCUCUAGCACCCUCUCCUCCAGCGCCCUCUCCUCCAGCGCCCUCUGCCCCAGUGGCCCCUGCGCCAGUGGCCCGCAGAGCGUCCUAUGCCCCCGUUUCUUUCGUGCCCACCAACCUAAUGCUACAAGUUCCACCAAUGCAAAGGCACGCGCCUGA